UCCAGGUGGAAAUGUGUGUUUCAAAGAAAAGAUUUUGUUUUUGAAAUGGACGAUAUAGUCAAAUUAAUCAUUAAAAAAUCAACCGCUAAACAAUCACUAACCACCUCUUCAGAAUCAGAUUGCUCUAGUUCGAUUGACAAACAACCUCCAAUGACUCCGCCUGAAUAUCACAAGAAAUAUGUGCCACCGAAUCGAAGGAAUAACAAGAAACCACAACAGGACAAUAAAGACAAUAAACGAGAACAGCGAAAAGCAAGGUUUGCCAACAAUUCCUCAUCUUCAUCAUCACAAUCAAGCUAUGGAUUUGUAAGUCGAGGUGAAGAUAAUAGACUACAACAAAGUGCUUAUGACCGGGAACGAUUCUUUAUAUCAAUUAUUGGUCAAUUCAUCCAAUUCAAUUCCCAGACCCAAAUUGGUGACAUUCGUCUGCUUAUUAAUGAAGGAGACUUGCAAACUGCAAAUGCUGAAGUGAUGACCCCCCCCGCAGAUAAAAUCACCAUGGACUCGAUACUUUUAUCAAUACGUAAACUUCGAGAGGCAUUACUAUAUACCAAGCCCACACCAUUCCACAAAAAAGUUUUCCUAUUUUCAUUACGGCUUGCAGCAAUAGUGGGACAUUAUCAAACGUAUAUCCCUAGCAUAAAUUACCUUCUCCAUCACAAUAAAUCCCAAUUACAACUUACACAAGAAGAAGUUGGAGAAAUUUCUACCUUGCUUAUCCUUCAUCUUGUUCAUUUCAAUCUGGAUUUCUCACGAGCACAUGAUAUAUAUUUCAAAUAUAUUCCUGAGGAUAAGCCUACGUUAGAUAUAAUUCAAGCCUGGAUUCAUCAUGACUAUGUCAAGUGGUUUCAUUUUGUGAGUAUUCAAGAGGAUCCAUACAAGUUGGCAAUUAUGAAAUUGGGUUCCGAUAAGAUGAAGCGAUGGUUAAUAGAAAGUAUUGGAGCAGCUAUGUACAAAGUAGAUAAGAAAUGGUUAGAGAUGGAACUUGGUAGUGGAGAAAUAACUACCAAGGAAUUAACCGGCACAAAUUGGAGAGUAGAGGAUGGGACAGU